GAAAGUUCCGGAGAAAAACAAGGAAACUGACGCCGACGAAACUUUUGUCCCACGUAUCCAUAUUGCUGAUAUCGGUCGUCGGGAAGUGUGCAGCUUUAACCGUGAUAAUAGUACAGUAAUUAAAUGGCGUUAAUGAGUCUAUUCAAUUGUGUCAGUAUUGCCGUGGUUAUUAGCUAAGGUCGAGCAACAUGGCUGCGCCCACAGGACCGAGAGGAUCAUCAGCCUCUAACCUGCCCGGGUUUGAGGCUUUUCCAUUUGCAGUGAGCAGCAAACCACCGGAGGACAGCUCCGGUAAAGAGCAGACCGGGGAGGCGAAAAAGAAGCCUUGCAGGGCUUGUACGGACUUUAAAUCAUGGAUGAAGCUCCAGAAGAAACAGGCGACAGCUGCUGCACAGGAGGUCCAAGCUGCAGAGUCAGAGCCACGAGAAGACCCACAGUGUCCACUGGACAGGGAAGAGUUGGGACGUAACACCUGGUCCUUUCUGCAUACCAUGGCGGCGUACUACCCGGACCAUCCAUCUUCCACCCAGCAGCAAGAGAUGGGGCAGUUCAUCAACCUUUUCUCCAAGUUCUUCCCCUGUGAUGAAUGUGCAGAGGAUCUCAGAGGAAGAUUAAAAACCAAUCAGCCGGAUGCCAGCAGUCGCCAUGCUCUCUCUCAGUGGCUCUGUCGUCUCCAUAAUGACAUCAACGUCCGGUUGGGGAAGCCUGAGUUUGACUGCUCCCGUGUGGAUGAGAGGUGGAGGGACGGGUGGAAAGAUGGUUCCUGCGAUUGAAGGAUUGUCUCGGGAAUCCUGAGAGAUGUGAGGACUGAGCUGAGACCUGUGAGGAGAAAUUCUCUCUGUCAGUGCGAAACUUUGAAUGUAAACACCACAAAGUGCAGCUCACGUCUCUGUUGUGAGAAACUUCGUGUGAUGUGAAUGGCUUGUCUUGCUCUGUGAUUAGUUAAUAAAACUGAUCUGGUAAUAAAACUUAAGGAUACAAAA